AGAGAAAUUAAAACAUCGCAACCCUUGGCAACAAGAAGGGAGGAACAUGGAAGCUAAAGGCGAGCCGGUGUACUACUCUCCGGUGCCACCGGAGCCCGCAGAGUACGAUCAUCAUCAAAACAACAACCCUCAUUACCAGUAUCCACCACCACCACCGCAGGGCCAACACUACAUCCUGUUCCCUCUCUAUCGCCGCCGUCCAAGCAUCUGCCGCUCCCUCCGGCGCUAUCUCCUCUGCGGCCUCUCUCUUGUCCUACUUGGUGUUGCGAUCUUCUUCCUCUGGCCCUCCGAUCCCGUUAUCAGCGUCGUUGACCUCCGUCUCAACCAUGUCAGCGUCCACACCUCCCCGGCUGUGUCCCUCGACAUCUCCAUUCCUAUCACCGUCAAGGUUCGUAAUCCUGACUUCUUCUCCCUCGAUUACCGCUCUGUCGUCAUCGCCAUUGCGUACCGUGGGAGGCAGCUUGGCUAUGUCACCUCCCAUGGCGGGCAUCUGAGGGCCAGGGGUUCUUCCUAUGUCGACGCCACGCUUCAACUCCAAGGGAUUGAGGUUUACGAUGUGUUUCACUUGCUCAAAGAUUAUGCUCGGGGUCGUAUUCCUUUUGAGACUCUUUCGCAAGUCCGAGGACAGCUUGGCCUUUUCUUCUUCGAUUUUCCGCUCCAGACAAAAUUAUCAUGCGAAGUAAUUGUGGAUACAGAUAACCAGAAAAUCUUCCGUCAAAAUUGCUAUGCUGAGUGAUUGCAAGGGAUAUCUGUAAAGCCUGCAAAUUAUCUGAUGAGGACUUGAAGAAUGGUAGAAAGUUCAAAUGUUUGAUUAUGCUGGGUGGCUCCCUCCUAUAUACAUCAUAUUCCUUGUGGACUAUUAGAUCAGUUUGUAAGUAUUAGUUGUUUGA